CUAUAAAUAGAACAGCUGAAGAGGAAGAGGAGAGGAGAGAAUAAGAUAGUGUGAGCAAUGGCUUCUGACCAUGGAGCUUUCAUGACCAAAUUCAUUCUCCAGCCCGCCAAACCCUCCCCCGGUCUCCCACUGAACGGCCUCACCUUCGCCAUUAAAGAGAUGUUUGAUGUGGAAGGGCAAGUCACCGGGUUCGGCCACCCCGAGUGGGCGAGGACUCACUCGGCCGCCUGCUCUACGGCUCCGACGGUGUUGGCGUUGUUAGAAGCAGGUGCCACAUGUGUUGGUAAAACUGUCAUGGAUGAAAUGGCUUACAGUAUAAAUGGGGAGAAUAAACAUUACGGCACGCCGAGAAAUCCAUGUGCACCGGAUCGGAUACCCGGGGGAUCGUCUAGUGGGUCCGCUGUUGCAGUGGCUGCCAAGCUUGUAGAUUUCUCUCUAGGAACUGAUACUGGUGGAAGUGUAAGAGUUCCCGCAUCGUACUGUGGAAUUUAUGGAUUUCGGCCUUCAUUUGAUGUCGUUUCAACCAGUGGUGUUAUACUAAUGACGCAGAGUUUUGAUACAGUGGGAUGGUUUGCUAGAGAUCCCAAGCUUCUAAGCAUCCCAGCAGAUCGUGUGGCUCAAGUUCUCGUGAAAGCCGUAGAGAAGACAUUUGGAGGUAAUGUUGUUAAGAAGACCACUCUUGGGGACUACGUGAAGGAUAAUGUUCCAUCCUUGGACUGCUUUUUGAGUAAAGAAAGUGAUGAAAACAUCUAUAACAUACCAUCCCUGGCAGCUCUUUCUAGUGCAUUUCGAUUGCUUGAAAGGUAUGAAUUCAAGACUAUCCAUGGAGAAUGGGUCGAGAAAGUCAGACCCGACUUGAGUCCAGGAAUAUCGGAACGGAUCUGGGAAGGCAUCAGAAUGACAGAGGAAAAAGUCGACAUGUGUCGCUUGGUGAAGAAAGAAUUUCAUGCUGCUCUCACUGCUUUUCUUGGGGAUGACAGCAUUCUCGCGAUCCCCACAGUUGCAGGGCCUCCGCCUAAAUUACAGACGGAUCCAUCCACUCUCGAAAUAUUCAGAGCAAGGGCAUUUAGCUUGCUGGCAAUUGCAGGAGUAUGUGGAUUCUGCCAGGUAAGCAUACCUCUGGGAAUGUACGAAAAUUUGCCUGUUUCGGUUUCCUUGCUUGCAAAACAUGGCUCAGAUGCGUUCCUGCUUAACGUGGUGGAGACCCUGUAUGAUUCUCUUAGAGAGGAAAUCUCCAUCGCUGAGAAAGCUAGUUACUGAAUCAAGACGCGCUCUUUCUCUAGAAUAAUACUUUCCUUCUCUCCAGAAGGUGUUCCGCUCGCUUGCGGUAUUUGGCUGCUCGAUGAAUAGCCUCUGUUGAAGUAGCGCACGACAUGCUUAGUAUUAAACUGUGAUAUUGUCAAUGUAUGGAAUUUCAGUUGGAAGGGUGUACUUUGUGAGGCGUGAAGCUUUGUUCGGUCUGUUCAAACUUAUCUGCCACUUUUAAGCCAGCAACUUGAUUGCUUUCCUUACAGUU